AUGGCAUUAUUUUUUGACCAAUCCUUCGAUUUGGUUAAAAAAAUAAGCGUGGAGACAGAAAGAGAUUUUAUCUUCAACACAAACAUGGUCCAGAUUACAGAUGUAGCAACCAAGCAUUCGUUGUCUUCUCCUGAACUCGAAAGAACUUACCACGCUGAGGGGCAAAGAAAAAGAAAGAGGACGAUUUUUAGCCGUGCUCAAUUGUCAGAACUGGAGCGCGCUUUCAUGAUUACGCCGUAUCCAGACAUCACUCUGCGCGAACGACUGGCUGCACUCACACUUCUUCCAGAAAGCAAAAUUCAGGUGUGGUUCCAAAACAGACGAGCUCGCAGUAUGAAAAGCAAGAAGCUGACCGCACCAGUUAGGAGAAGUCCAAGCAGGGAAGUGACCUCGAACUCUAUACCUGUAGCAGCCUUUCCACCGACCCAACUUGAUUUAAACCCAGAACAAAAUUCUGGCGUUCCAGAACAAAGAGACAGACCACAAGCCAACAGAGGCCUGCUUCACCAUCAGCAAAGCCUUAGACAAGCUCUGAGUCCCUGGUCUCAAAAUCUUCCACAUCCAACGCCACCCCCGCCAGAUAUUUCUCCAGACCUGCCUGGAGUUCUACAGUGGGGGAACAGACACUCUGAAACACCUGGAGCUUCAUCUUUCUCCAAUUGCCCAUCAGACAGGUUGGCUCAAUAUUCAUUCCAAAACCAGUCAAACAGUCACUGGCAGAUUAAUUGCUUUUCAGCUCACCCUGAAGGUUUUUCUGGACAUCAGUUGAAAUCUUACUGCACUGCCAAUCAGGCCAUAUAUUCUUCCAUGUCUGUGGACCAAGUGAUUCCUACACACCAAACCAGUUUGGAGGAAGCGCUGCAAAGACAAGCACUGACGCAUUACCCUCAGACCUCAUUGGGAGAUAUCUCUGACCUCAUAUAUAAAGCAGCUGUAGUCACCAAUCUGGAAGACUGCUAG